GAAAGUGUGAACUAGACCUUUGGGGUUUUGUAAGUGCUCAUAUAAAAAUGAUAAUCCUCGCGACAUGUUCUGCAUAUUUUUACCCGCAGUACUUGCUUAUCACGGUUUUCUCCUUGGUAUCGCGAAGCACAUUAACCUGCCCGCAUCUGCCUCCUCCGCUCCGGCGUGCCUUUGCCCUACACCCCCUCAAUGAUGGCGGUAGAUGGUACCGGUGAUGUCCUGAAAGCCCCGCUCGAAGACACAGAGAUGGACGAUCGGACCGUCCCAAGCAGGAUGAAGCAGGAUGUUGAGUCGGGCACCACGCUGGAAUCUGUAACAGCUGCUAUACAGUGCAGGGAUGUCUGCAGGUCCUAUGGCAAGCUGAGGGUACUGAACGACCUCAAUCUGACCGUGCUACAGGGACAAAUCUACGGCUUGCUGGGGCCGAGCGGCUGCGGCAAGACCACGCUGCUGAAGUGCAUCGUGGGAACGCUGAAGAUCUCACGGGGUCACAUCACCGUCCUGGGGAAGCCCCCUGCCUCUCCCGGACAUGGGGUACCCGGUAGGAUGGUCGGGUACAUGCCCCAGGAUCUGGCCUUGUACAAUGAGUUCACCAUCAGCGAUACCUUGUGGUUCUUCGGCCGCAUCCACGGCCUCUCUGGAAAGGAAACGCAGACCCGGAUGCAAUUCCUCAUCGAUUUCCUGGAUCUGCCUCAGAAAUCCAUCCUGAUCCGGAAACUCAGUGGAGGGCAGAAGCGGAGAGUGUCACUGGGUGCCGCCUUGCUCCAAAACCCCGAGCUGCUGAUCCUGGACGAACCCACCGUAGGGGUAGACCCCGUGUUACGCGCCAAGAUCUGGCAGCACCUGGUGGAGAUCGUGAAGGACGGGCAGGUGUCCGUCAUCAUCACCACGCACUACAUCGAGGAGGCCGGGCAAGCCCACGUGGUAGGGCUGAUGCGUAAUGGCCGUCUGCUGGCGGAAGCCCCCCCGGACGCGCUCAUGACGCAGCACAGCGUGACGACGCUGGAGGCCGUCUUCCUGCAGCUAUGCGAGUCCUCGGACCAGACGGGCCACAAGCCCUGCACGAGCAGCCCCCAGGACCUGCGCACAGAGGACAGCCAGUCGUCCGAGGGCAGCCGGGACGAGAGCCGGCCCAUCCUGAGUGAGGCGGCGACUUCCUCCACCCAGGACUCCGAACUGACACCGGACUGGAAGGUGAGGGCGUGGCACAUAACCCCGAAGUGGCGUAACAUCACAGCCUUGAUGAUCAAGACGAUGGUGCGGAUGAAGAGGUUGCCAGGCUUCCUGUGUUUCCAGUUCCUCCUACCUGUCAUCCAGAUCUCCCUGAUGUGCCUGUGCAUCGGCGGGGACCCCCGGGGCAUCCCCGUGGCUGUGGUCAACAACGAGACCAGCGGCGACUUCUACAGUCGGACGCUGCUCUCCUUCCUGGAUAAUUCCAGCAUUCAGCAGGUGGAGCUGUCCCACGCAGAGGCCUUUGCUGGGGCUUAUGAUGGCCAGUACUGGGCAAUCAUUGGCUUUGGAAAGAACUUCUCCAGCUACUUAAUGAAGAGAAUUUUGCAACCCCGAGUUACGAGGGACAUCGUGGAGGGAGGCUCCGUUCAUGUGUGGCUGGACCUGACUAAUCGACAGAUUGCCAUCAUGCUCCAGAAAAAGGUGCAAGAGGCAUUUGAGGUAUUUAAAGGGGACUUUCAGGUUGUGAUGCAGAUCUUGGGACUUCGCCACAGCUGUAGAUUCGAAGAGCCCAUUUACGGCACCAAGAACACAGACUUUACCACCUUUGUGACUCCCGGAGCCAUUCUAAGCAUUACCUUCUACCUGGCAGUUGGGCUGACUGCCCUGUCCUUUGUGCUUGAGAGGAAGGAGGGUCUUCUCGACAGGUGCUGUGUAGCAGGUGUGAGCUGCUUGGAGACCAUGCUGGCCCACCUCUUCUCCCAGCUGUUCAUCAUCAGUGUCCAGAUAUCCCUGAUGCUCCUCUUUAUUUUCCUCGUCUUCAAGGUUCCCAAUGAGGGUCCGCUGGUGCUGGUCAUCGCAUUGAUAGUCCUGCAGGGUGUGACUGGUAUCACCUUCGGCCUGGUCAUCUCAGCAGCCAUCGACGACGAACAGUCAGCCAAUCAGGCUGCCCUGGGCGUCUUCUACCCUAACCUCAUCAUCAGUGGUAUCAUCUGGCCUGUGGAGUGUAUCCCAUACCCUUUACGCUACCUGAGCCUGGUCCUGCCCCAGACCUAUGCCUCUGAAGCCCUGCGCUGCAUCAUGUACAGAGGGUGGGACCUGUCGCGGAUGAUGGUGUGGCGUGGCUUCGUGGUCACCUUGGGGUGGAACACCUUCUUCCUGGUCCUGGCCAUGGUCAUCCUCAAGCUGCGCACCUGAGGGGCGGGAUUGGGGAACGUCAUGCCGUCGUGGGCACGUUUGGUGUCGGGGAGUGUCGCUAGGCAAGGUGCAGGCUCCACAGAGUGGAACAGGCCUCACUGGCUAAACUUCUUGUUUGCCUGGUGGGGGGGGGGUAUUUACCCCCCUCAUUGCUUCUCCCUCCUCAUGCCCACAUUGGCUGGGACCGGUGCUGUGUGAUUAUUGACAUAUAUUACCUCUGGACUUCCCUAUCAGCCUUAAAAGGGUUGAUUUUACAAAGGCUAUUUUGGGUGUGAGGACUUGAUUACUGUAGCUAAUCACAGAAAAAAAAUUACAUAUAGUAUAUGAGAGAGGCAGAGAUAUAUAUAUUCCUUUUUCACUACAUUUGUACAUAUUGUACUCUGGUGACACCCAAAGGUGAGAGAACCAUCGUGUGAUGGGUUGAAAUAGUCUAAUGACGUUAAAAAUCUACCUUUUAGUUGCAUAUAAAACGGCAUUGGACCCUGAUGCCAGUUUUCUAAUAUGGUGCCAAGUAAAAACAGGACUGAACCGGACCAGGAUUUUAUUCAUGUAUUUGUGUCAGGAACCAAGACUGGGCCUUUAACCGCAAGACCAUGACACAAGUAAUGAGGCCGACCCUCGAUGAUUAGUUGCUGUAUUGAUUGACCUCAUAAUGCAGCAUCCAAGUGCUUUGAGACAAAACCAGCAAUAAACCCAAUAAAAAAGCACAAAUACCAGCUAUAUUUAAAAUUAUUACAUAAAUUAAAAGUGACCUAGCUAAUAAUUUCCUGGCGCUUACCACAGGCAAAAAGAGUCAGAUGGAUUUUUAUUUUUUAAAUUAUAGGGCACAGCUAGCUGUAAAGAUUUGACAUAUUACAAAGUGUAGACUACGAAGAUAAAUGUUUUUCAUGUCAUACUACACAAACCUCGGUUGAGAAGUACAUUAAUGGACAUGCAAAACGGUGUUCUGUAUGACGUUCCUCUUGUGUAGGCCGGCACAACAAUUAGCCAAUCAGGGGGCCUCACCAUGGAAACGGUUGUAGGUGGGUCUCUGUGUCUGCAGCUUCCUUAUAUGGCGCAGGGCUGUGAAAUGAUGAAGGGAAAACAAACGUAUGUGUCCUGGUGAGGCCAGAUGAUGGAAACAUUACGUCUGUGACCACUGACCGCUAACAAUGACUCCUCCCUUCCUCAAAAGACUGCUGCUGUGCCCGUCGGCUCCACUUAUAUUUGGCUGUCUUCACCAGUAGUAGAGCUGGAAUUAGGGGUGGUGGAGGGCCCCCUCUGGUUGUUGGUGGUAAUGCAGCAUACCCAUGCCUACUGCUUUCAUCACAGAAAAAUAUAAUGUUAUGUUAAUUACCUCACAAGAGCUCAUUCUCUCAAGAUUUCAUGUCUGCUGAAUUUCUUUGUGCCACUGAGGAAUAAGAGGCCCUGACCAUGUUUACAAUUGGGCCAUCGAGGCCGAAGGGAGCUUCUGAUUGGUACCAGUCCAAUGGUCCAAAGUUGAGACUUGCUUGUGUGUUUUCCAACAUCUGGUAUUUUUUUUAAUGUAUUUUUCUCUGAAUUUUAUUAAACAUGACAAAGCAAAUUGAUUCUUCAUCUGAACACUUUUUGGAGACACAUCAGCUGACAAGUCUGAGGAAAUAUACGUAAUUGUAAACCAAAUGUAUUUCGGGACGUUUGAUGGGACGGGAAUGUUAUUAAACUGUCAAGACUGCUGGGGACUGAUUUUUACCAACAGAGGGGUGGGGAACGGGAUAUCAUAGUACCCAAUCUGGACCUGGAUCAGCGAGGACUUUCAUCCUGUGUUGCAAAUGACACGACACUGUAGUGUGUUGUGCCGCAUGAUACUUAACCUUAUAACACUGCUGUUUUACCCCCCCUCUGUGUCCCGCCCCCUACAUUAUUUUGAGGAGAAAAUAACAGAUUUCCUCUGCAUGGUGUCAUGUUCUCUCUUCAUGUUUUUACCCAGAUGCCCAUGCUAACAUGGCACUGAGUUCCUGGAGACCAGGGAUUUUGGGGGGGGGGGGGGGGGG